AUGGCCGAAUCCAGCAACGAUCGUGUCGAGGCUGCCUUAGCCCGACUAACUUCACGCAUAGAGGACCUUCUGCAACACGUUACCCCCUCUGCUUCCCCUUCCUUUCCACCUCGUAGCCCGAUACCUGCACAUUCACAUAGAAUGAAGUUAGAUGUACCGAGAUUUGAUGGUACGGAUCCUCUUGGGUGGAUUUUUAAAAUCACCCAGUUCUUUGAGUACCACGGUACCCCGGAUCACGACCGCAUCACCAUUGCAGCAUUUUACAUGGAGGGAAGAGCCCUUGCUUGGUUCCAGUGGAUGUCAAGCAACGGACAAUUCACCUCCUGGCCUGUAUUUCUACAGGCACUGCAAAAUCGUUUUGCCCCAAGUCAGUAUGAGGACCCCUCAGGGUCUUUGUUCAAGCUUACACAGAGGACAACGGUGACGGAAUACUUAUCUGAAUUUGAGGAAUUGGCCAAUAGGGUGGUUGGACUCCCGGCUCCAUUCCUGCUCAGCUGCUUCGUAUUUGGACUCGUGCCGGAGAUUCGCCGCGAGGUGAUGGUGAACCAACCCCUCAUCGUGGCCCAGGCGGCAGGGCUAGCCCGUCUCCACGAGGAGAAGCUCCGCGACUUCCGUUUUGACUUCCGCCAAAUCCCACGACCCCGCGCGCCGCCGCCGCCGCCAUUGGCUCCAACGCAGCCUCCGCCGCUCACACCCUUUGCUUCUCCCCGCUUCUCACCCCUUCCUCCUCUCUUGCCCUCACCUCCGCGUCCGUUCCCGUCACCACCACCCACGGUCCGCCGGCUGACCCCAGAGGAGCUAGCCUCCCGCCUCGAGCGCGGCCUCUGCUUCUCCUGCGACGAGAAGUUCCACAAGGGGCAUAGGUGCACCCCUAGGGUUCACCUGCUGAUAGCAGAUGAGGACGACCCUCUCGAGCACGUGGGUUCAAAUAUAGACCCAGCUGACCCAGGCGACCCGACUCCAGGCCCAAUUGAGUUACCCGAAACCCCAGCCCACAUCAGCCUCAACUCCCUCGCGGGCCACCUUGCCCCAGAGACUCUGCGGCUCGUCGGUCACAUCUCCAGCCACCCCAUCCUGGUCCUGAUUGACAGUGGGAGUACCCACAAUUUCAUUCAGGACCAGCUCGUGGCCCAAUUGGGGCUACCCUGUCGGCCCACCACUCCAUUGAAGGUCCUCGUUGGCAAUGGCCAGCAUUUGCAGUGCCACACGACUUGUGAUUCCACCACCAUCGACCUUCAGCAACAUUCCUUCGCCGUCGACCUCUAUGUCCUUCCGAUUGCCGGCGCCAACGUCAUCCUUGGCGUGCAAUGGUUACAAUCUCUAGGCCCUAUUUUAACUGAUUAUACUAAGCUCAGUAUGCAGUUUUUCCAUGAUGGCAGGAUAGUCGAGCUCCAAGGUGAUCCUGUGGCUCAACGAGACUUGCUCUCCUCCCCUCAAUUCCGACGUGUCUGCCGCAAUCAACCCAACAGCAUUUGCUUCCACAUUACGGUGCUCCCUGAGGAUUCCGAACUCGCGUUGACCAUCCCCGUUGACCCGCAAGUCCAGCACCUUCUCCAUCAAUUUUCCGUUCUCUUUCAGGACCCGACAACGCUCCCACCGGCACGAGAUACUGAUCACCAAAUUCACUUGCGUCCAGAUGCCACCCCCGUCAAUGUUCGACCAUACAAAUAUCCUUAUUAUCAAAAGCGCGAGAUUGAGACUCAGGUUGAGGCAAUGCUCCAACGCGGCAUCAUUCAGCCCAGCAAGAGUCCUUUCUCUUCGUCGGUGCUGUUGGUGAAGAAAUCCGACAAUACCUGGAGGUUCUGCGUGGACUACCGUGCAUUGAACGCCUUAACAAUCAAGGAUCAUUUCCCAAUCCCCACCAUUGAUGAGCUCUUGGAUGAGCUCGGCGGCGCGAGUUGCUUCUCAAAACUGGAUUUGCUGCAAGGGUAUCACCAGAUACACAUGCAAUCGGAGGACAUUCCCAAAACAACUUUCCGGACGCACCACGGGCACUUUGAAUUUAAGGUUAUGCCCUUUGGCCUCUGCAAUGCGCCCUCUUCGUUUCAGGCGACAAUGAACACUCUCUUCAGGCCUUACCUUCAACGCUUUAUCAUCGUCUUCUUCGACGAUAUUCUCAUCUACAGCGUCUCCCUCAGCGACCACUUGCGUCACCUCCAAACAACCUUUCAGGUGUUAUAUGACAAUCACUUCGUUCUGAAGCUCUCCAAGUGUCUUUUCGCUCAACCUCAGGUGGAGUAUUUGGCGCCCCCCUUGGUCAAGGCCACCACCGUCGAGCCCCUUCACUGGACUCCAUCCACACAAACCACCUUUGACACCUUGAAGGCAGCCUUAACAUCUGCACCGGUCCUCGCCCUUCCCGACUUUCGACUACCCUUCACAGUUGAGACUGAUGCAUCUGCAAUUGGAAUGGACGCCGUAUUAUCACAACAGGGCCACCCAAUUGCAUUUUUUAGCAAACCUUUCAGUCAGAAAAUGCUCCGAGCUUCCACCUAUGUCAGGGAAUUGUGCGCCAUUACCACCGCCGUCAGGAAGUGGCGGCAGUACCUUCUCGGGCACAGCUUCACUAUCCUAACUGAUCACCAAAGCCUGAAAGAACUCAUGACCUAG